CUCCUCCAAUUCAAACCAACCCGAAGCGUUCACAUUCCCCCCCGUUCAGACCACAUCUUCCACCCGGUUGAUGGAGCUCACUCCAUUCCCAUUUCUCAACCAGGAGAUUCACGACGACCUCUCCCUCUUCUCCAAUUUCUUUUUCCCCGACAUGGCCGACUACCCCCCGGAGGCCGGAGACGGCUCCUCGUUCGGCUCCGGCGGGAGCGUCAAUCAACCGUUUAGGCGACUGGGGAAGGAGGAGGAGGGAGAAGAAGAAGGAGAGCCAGCCUCGGGCGGUGGUGAUGGCAAUGGCGGAGGCGGAGGUGGCGGCGGGUCGGUGGGAGAUGUCGUGACCUCGUUCGUUUUGCUCGAGGAGGAAGAGAAGCGCGAGAGGGAGAGCUUCUUCCUCGAGACGCUGCAAGGAAAUGCCUCACUGGAAUCGAACUCCGAUAUGGAGCUCCGAGCGAUGGGCGAUUACUACUGCCACCUCCAGGCGCAUUACGACGUCUCGAACGAGCUCGAGAUGAGGAAGAACAAGCGCGCCAGGCAGUCGGGCGCCACGGCUGAGGAGGGCGGUGAGCCCUCGGCGAGCGUGGGCCAGCAGCGGCGGCUUUGGGUGAAGGACCGGUCCAAGGAUUGGUGGGAGCGGUGCAGCAGCCCCGAGUUCCCCGAGGAGGAGUUCCUGCGCGAGUUCCGGAUGAGCAAGGCCACGUUCGACUUCAUCUGCAGCGAGCUCGACGCGGCUGUCACGAAGAAGAACACGAUGCUGCGGGACGCGAUCCCCGUGCGGCAGCGCGUGGCUGUGUGCGUGUGGCGGCUUGCGACGGGGGAGCCACUCCGCCUCGUGUCAAAGCGGUUCGGCCUCGGCAUCUCCACUUGCCACAAGCUCGUCCUCGAGGUCUGCACCGCCAUCCGCAACGUCCUCAUGCCGAAGUUCCUCCAGUGGCCCGACGAGCGCCGGCUUGCAGAGAUCAAGGACGAGUUCGAGGCCGCGUCGGGCAUCCCGCGUGUGUGCGGGGCAAUGUACACGACCCAUGUGCCAAUCAUCGCCCCGAAGAUCAGCGUUGCCUCGUACCUGAACAGGCGGCACACAGAGAGGAACCAGAAGACGACGUACUCGAUCACGGUCCAGGGCGUGGUCGACCCGCGGGGCGUGUUCACGGACGUGUGCAUCGGGUGGCCCGGGUCGAUGCCAGACGACCAGGUCCUCGAGAAGUCGGCCUUGUUCCAAAGGGCCGGCAAGGGGCUAUUGAAGGACGUGUGGAUCGUCGGGAACGCGGGGCACCCGCUAAUGGACUGGGUCCUGGCGCCCUAUACGCACCAGAACAUAACGUGGACGCAGCACGCGUUCAACCAGAAGCUCGCGGAGGUCCAGGGCGUGGCGCGGGAGGCGUUCGCACGGCUCAAGGGGAGGUGGGCGUGCCUGCAGAAGCGGACGGAGGUGAAGCUGCAGGACCUGCCGGUGGUGCUCGGGGCAUGCUGCGUGCUGCACAACAUCUGCGAGGCGAGGAACGAGGCCGUGGAUCCGGAGCUGAGGUUCGAGAUCUUCGACGACGAGAUGGUGCCGGAGAACCCCAUCCGGUCGGCCAAUGCCGUGCACGCCCGGGAUCAGAUUGCUCACAAUUUGUUGCACCAUGGGCUCGCCGGCACUUCUUUUCUAUAGCCCUUUUUGGAGUUCGGGUUUUUCCUUUUUUUCUUUUUGGCUUCAUAGGUUUCUGAUUUUGAUCGACGAUAUUCAUUAUAUUUUGGA